AUGAGCUACAUAAUCAUUUUGAUUAUAGCAGGCCCUGGUAAAGUUCGACAUGCAGCAUCAUCCAAAGUUCCUCUACCUUCCCAACAAGCUGCAGCUAGAAUUACUGUCCCUACUCAGCAUGCACCACCUAUUUUAACCCCAUCUAUUCAGAGUGUACCAUCUACAAAUGCUCUAAGCAUCCAGCCUACAUCACCGACAAAUGCAACUACUACCCAGGUUGCACCAUCUACAAAUGCAACUACAACCCAAGCUGCACCAUCUACAAAUGUAGCUACUACUCAGGCUGCACCAUCUACAAAUGCAACUACUACCCAUGAUGUGCCAUCUACCACUAGUUUGCGUACUCGUUCUAGACAAGUCAGGGGUCAGACUCGAGGGAAGAGCAUAGCACGUCUCAUAGCUAACAAUGGUGGUAAAAAGCUUCCUGUUUGGAUCCCUGCAGAUGCGAAGGUGCCAGUAGGACCUUAUGCCACUCCAUUUGCAAAUGAACUUGGCUUACAGAUAAGGAUGGCUGCACCAAUCAUUGUUAUAAAAAAGUGGGACAAGAUUGAUGAGAUUCAUAAAGCCCCAAUCAUUCAAGCAGUUCGGGAUAAAUUUGAGAUUGUUGAUUAUGAUGAGGAUGAAGAGGUUCGGAAAGGAGUCAAUAAAAAGUGUAAAACUCUUUACAGAAGUUGGCGUAACAAGAUGAAGACUCAUUACUCGAAGUUGGUAGACGCUAGCUUGGGUAUACAUGAUCGAUCAUGUAUGGCUUGA